CUUCUCUACUUUGUUGCAGCUGUGCUGAAGCAGAGGAGGAUGUAGAAACCGAGAGAUAACUCUCCUUUUCCGCCUUCUUUAAAAGCAAAAACCGACUUUUAUGAGCAAUUAAAGACUCAGACACAACCGACGAUAUGAAUUUAGCGACAUACGUGUCGUUUUUCUCGAUAAUCUCGGCGGGAGCAGCAAAGAGUGGAGGAGACGAUGACUGGGUCCAUCUUCCCAACAAAUGUGAAGUGUGUAAGUUUGUCAGCAUCGAGAUGAAGUCAGCGUUCGACGAGACGGGGAAAACCAAGGAGGUCAUCGACAGGAACUACCGCUUCAUAGACAGCAAGGGGGCGCCGCCAAUCAAAUAUGUCAAGUCAGACCUGCGAUUCAUCGAGGUUGUUGAAAAUGUGUGUCAGAGGCUGUUAGAGUACAAUCUGCACAAGGAGAGGACUGGAAGUAACCGCUUCGCCAAGGGCAUGUCAGAGACCUUCUCAACCCUUCAUGGUCUGGUGAAUAAAGGAGUGAACGUGGUGAUGGAUAUUCCCUACGAGCUGUGGAACGAGACUUCGGCAGAAGUGGCCGAUCUUAAAAAACAGUGCGAUACGUUGAUAGAGAAAUAUGAGGACGUGAUUGAGGACUGGUACAAAGGCAGCCAGGAGGAAGACCUGACCACUUACUUAUGUGAGAAACACGUUCUCAAAGGACAGGACAUGGCCUGCCUGAAUGAGGAGUGGGCCUCAAAGAAGAAGGGAGACCAGGCAGCCAUCGCGGAGGACAAGAAGAAGAAGAAAAAGAAGAAGGGGGGGAAGAAGGGAGAGGGCGGAGACGGCGGCUCGGAGGGUGAGAAGACGACCAAGAAGAAGAAGGAAAAGAAGGUGAAGAAGAAGAAAAAGAGCAAAGCUCCGGCGGAGAAGACGGACGGAGGGGCGUCGUCGGAUGAGGAGAUCCAGCCACAGAUGCCUCUGUCUGGGCAGAAGACAGAGCUGUGACGCACCCUGGCUCCUCUCUGAACCUGGAUCAGCUCUCCGGUUCAAAACUUAGUAAAAGCAGUCUGCAGCUUCUCGAAACAUCUGGUUCAAGUCACUGAUUUUGCUAAAUGAGAUCUUGUACUGUUACACACGGUUUUAAAGUGUCUGAAACAUGUUGCAGUUCCUGGGAGUGUGAGAAAUCGGCCGUAUCAUCAACAUUUAUCAACAGUAAUCCAAACUGUAGCAUUUUAAAGGUCUGCUUUGGUUUACUUUUUAAUCUUUGCUUAAAGGAGCACUUCCACAAAAUGACCAUCUGUAUGUCAGUUACUCCCCCUGUGUAACGUUGACUUCGUAAAGGAAACUUUGUUUGUCUCGCAUGUCUCUAGGGUGAUCAAAGAAUCCAAAAACAGCAGACAUUCUCGAUAAGUCAUAGGAGACUACGUUUAAAAAUGGCAAUAUUCUGUUAAAUCAUCUGUGUCCAAGAAGUUUAGGACUAGAUGUUACAAUCCCUUGAUGAACAUACUUCAAACUAUGAGUUGGAGUAAUAGUGCCACCUGGGGGUCCAAGUGGGAGCCAAAGGCCAAAAGACAUGGCAAAGGUAGAUAGAAAGAUAAGAAGGAGCAUAGGGAAGGAAGAGCCAAGGAGAGAUGUCUGAGGGGACUGGACUGUCCCUUGCCGGACAAGGCCAUACACUCUACCUCCCCCACUCUCUCUUUUUGAUGCAGGAAAAGAAAAACUUACCUAACUUAAAUCGAGGUGGACUUUAACUGGGCAAUUGUUGUUGUGCAUAGUUGCGAUUGUGAGUGAAAGUUGGAGCCAUGCUAGAGGAGGGGGUCGGGGUUUAGGGAGGGUAAAAGCUUCAUAGGGGUCAUCAGGUGGGUACCAUCCCUCACUGCUGUUUCGAUGAUGGACCCACGACACCACUGGAGGGCUAAUUGGCAACACCUGGCACCCCCCCCUCUGCUUUUACUCCCUCAAACCCUGCUGUUGGUGGUAUUUCGAGGCCCAAGUGGCAUCUCUCUUAAUCCAUAGCCCGAGAGGGCUUUGAUGGCCUGACGAUGGGCUUGAUCUAGAAUUCCCGAUUCUUUAAGCAGCCUGGUAGUUGACUUGCCUAUGAAGCCUCUGCAGCCCACUUCAACUGGGCAAACCUUCGUUUUCCAGCUGAGCUGCUCAGCGUCAGUUGCCAGCUUCCCAGCCAACAUUUGUAUGUGGGGCCCACAUUGGCCGUAAAUGGAUGUGACGCUCUAUAUGGGAUUGUCGACCCUGGUCUCACUCGAAGUCAUCAAAAUCAGGCGCUUGGGCAGUGGCUUGCGGUGUCAGAAACCAACCAAAAAAAGGCGUCCUUUAACAUCGGCAUGAUAUGCGGCUGGUUGCUUUAAAGUUUAACGGUGCUCGGUGGCAUCGGAGAAACGCAGCGAGGCAAGGACAAAAGUUAAGGCGGUGAAAGUCCAACUGGGGCAGGAAGGAGGGGUGCUGGAUGGGUCCAACAAACACAAACUUUCACCCAUGAGAGUUUGCGUCUCGUAAGAACCUAAAGCCAAACCCCGUUCUUUUUCCUAACCCAACCAUGUGUUUUUGUUGUUGAAGGGGGAAAAAAAAACGUUAAUUCAGAGUGUUGUACCAACGUAGUGCCUUUAUUUUGAAAGAUACUGUAUUUAAAUGUUAAAUUUCCUGUGAAAACAGAAGUGUAUUUUGAAAGAAGACAAUGCAUGUGACAGACAGAACUUGACACGGUGUAUCCAGGGUACCUUACACGUCAUAUGGUUCACAAUUGGCCCUAUGCCAAUAGCCCACAUGGGUGGGUUUACCAAACUGGGCUCCUUUAUGGCCCAUACCUACUUGGUACCCAGGUAGCCCUGGCAUAACUGAUGUGGGGCCCACUUGAUUUAAACAAAUUAUGUUGGCAACUGGCAUGAGGCCAUUAUGGAACCUGUUGACAGUCCUAUAUAGGGUCAGUUUUUUUAGCCCAUUUACUACCCACAUGGGCACCACAUACAAAUUUUUGGAUUCUCUGUCCACCAUUUAGGCACGCAAGUAAACCAAAGUUUUCUCCAUGAAUUCAAGGUAACGCAGUGAGUAGUUGUAAACAAACGGUCAUUUUGCAGUUCAAGUUUUCAUUUAAGAGUUGGAUCCAAUUUACUUUAACUGGUGUUAUUUUGAUACAAAUGUCGAUUGUUUCCAUCAGUUAUGAUAACAUUAUACUCUCCAAGUUAAUUUGAUGUCAACACGCACCCAGAUCUUGGCAAUUAAGUCCACAGGAUAAGAAACAGGAGCAGUCAGACAGACAGGUCAUAAACAGACUUGCACAAACCUGUAAUUAAAGUCAACCAAAUAAUCAGUUACAGAAAAUUGUAAUGCUGAUAUGAUAAGUCAAUCAUUCGAUUAACAGCUUAAGAGGUAACAAUUUUGGAAUCUGAAAGUAGAUUAACCUUUUUUUUGUCAUGCAGAAAUUAACAUCUGCAUUUCUCUGGUUUAUAUGAUUGUAAAUUGAAUAUUUUUAGCUUUUGGACUGUUGGUCUGACAAAAAAAGAAUCUGAAGACGUCACAUUGGGCUCUGGGAACUUCACCAUUUAUUGACAUUUUGUCAACUAAAUAAUUUAUUGAUUUAGAAGAAAAGUAUCAGCUGCAGCUCUGAAAAA